AUGCCGAAUGAGUUGUUCAGCGAGCCAAUCAAAGAUGUUCAUCGUGAAGUGACCUUAACCAAGUUAAUAAAACGUUUCGAACAUGUGAAACAUCAAAAUACCUCGUGCGAUGGUUGUGCGGCAGAAUACAUCGUCGGUAUUCGGUUCAAAUGUGAUACUUGUCCACAAUACGAUUUGUGUUUGAAUUGUAUGAAAAAUAAAGUAGAAACGGAUCGUCAUAAAGCCAAUCAUCCACUCGUAGUAAUUGGGGAUAAUCAUUUGAAACAGAUUGAAUGGCAAGAUAUUGAAAUAGGCGAAAUACUGGGCCAAGGUGGUUUCGGUAAGUUUUAUGCGGCCCUCUGGACGUGA